AUGUCGUCGCAGACCAUGACUGCGCCAGCCGUGGGCCAUCGACCGCCUGACCCAGGCCCCGAUAGCCCCCUAUACGACUAUGGCUGCUCACCAGACACCACACCCCCUUCCAAUCCUCGAGACGACUCCGCAAUCCGCGCCAUGCAGAAUAAUUCUGCCCCGUCAACUCCCAACGGAAUGCCCGCCCCGGACGUCGCAAUUAAAACCGAAUGCUCGGACAGCCACGACUUUUCAGCUGCGCAACAUCAACAAGAUGUAAAUACGCAAAGCGCCGCAAGUGCGCUCCUCGCACAGCUCCUCGGCAACCAAUCAGCCGCAAACUCCACUACCAUGGUACAACCUGCAAAACAGGAGGAGCACCAGGAUACUCACAUAGAUACCAAGAUGGACGACUCAAUCUCCCAGCCAUUCGACAUGGCUGCCCAGAACCCCACGCCCAUCGACCCGAGCUUGCACCGAGACACAACCUCGAUAUCCCGUGAGAUUCAGGACUUGCUGAAUGGGAAAGCUUUAGGUGACGAGCAGGGAAAUUCCGCGCACCAGGAUAUGAACCAUACAGAAUAUAACUCAACCGAUGCCAUGGAGACCUUGUCCGACCCCAUGAACCCGAAAUUGAACCCCGAGCAGCCCUCGCUCCUUCCACCCUUGGAUUUUUCCGCGGCCCCCAAAAAUGCGUUUGAAGCCCUCCACCAAAACGAGAUGCUCACAGCCGCCUUUCUUUCGCAAAAUGCCGACCUGUCAGCCCUGGGAUAUCAAGAUAUGGCGGCCUCAAUCGCUGGAUCGGAACCUAAGAUUCAAGCAUUUGCCAAAUUGGAGUUCGAUGAUGGGCAUUUUUACGUCAAUACCUACUCAUUUAUCCUAGGACGAGACGUGCGCGCUGCCCGCGCCGCCCACCACCGAGAGUUCCAGUACCGGCAGGCCGUGCGAAGCACUCGGGCGAAGAGUUCAAGUGGAGGAAAUACAUCCCACACCCCGAACCGUAUGAAGCGGGAGGAAAGCGCUGCUAUGAUGGGCAGUGUCGUCAGUGAUCGGGGAGGUAUCAUGGGCUUUGAUCCAGAUGUACCUCCGCAUCUUCCGAACAAUAUGAACAUGAGCCGACGAUCCUCAAGAUCCUCUUUUGACGAAGCUGUUAUACCAUUACAUGCAAACCCGGCUCAGCUACAAUCGACAACCGACUACAAUGCGCUCGCAAUGCAAUCUUUGCAAGAUGGAAACGGAGACGCAAAGCCCGUUGAUGCGCUGGCUUUGCUCCCAUCCCCUGAUUCUUGUCCCACCAUCCCAAUUCACCCCCCAACGACCGUUGACGGCAGUGCCGCAGGCCAUCGAGGGAUUUCUCGGAGGCAUGUCCGGAUCUCAUACAACUUUGAUCGGAAUUUGUUCGAAAUGGAAGUAAUGGGACGUAACGGAGCAUUCAUUGGGGCUGAUUGGCUAUCGCCGGGGCAAGUUCGCCCGUUACACAGCGGUGAUUAUAUCCAAAUUGGAGGCGUGCGCAUCCGAUUUUUGCUACCAGACGUCCCAAUUGGUGAAACUGGAGCGGACCGGAUGGAAGAAAAAUUGGCAGAAAAGGAAGAAGAGGAGGAAGAGCAAGAUGCUCGGGCUUCGAUUGAAGUGGAUGACGAAGACGAUGAGUCUGACAGACUUGGAAGCGAUAGCGGCGAGAGCAGAGAACCUUCAAAGAAGAUCAUCCUGAAGACCAGGGAUUCCAAAUCGUCCCAAGCGAUGGAUUCUAUCGAGAAUGGGGAUAACGAUUCACAGCCGACACGCCGGCGGGGACCAGGACGCCCUCCUAAAGAUGGGAUUAUGUCCAAGCGCGAGCGAGCUGAGCUUGCCCGGGAGCAGAAAAAUGCUGCCAAGCGCGAGGCCAACGGAGGUAUCACACCACCUCCACCUAAAGUGCCCAAGGCUGGAAAGACAGUUGCCAAAGAAUCUGUCGUUCCCGAGUCACCAAAACCAUCCGAGAAGCGGAAGUACACCAAGAGAAAGAAGCCGGAUGGCACACCAAUGGAGUCUCCUCUUCCCUCAACGGAAGGCAAGGUGUCUGUAGAGCCCGCGCAAGAAUAUGUCAAACCCCCACCGAUCAAAAAGCGCAAACCAUCACGGUCACCAUCUCCCAAUUAUCCUCCAGAGUCUGCUUACAAUACUGAGGAUCUGGCAAAGCCCCCAUACAAUUAUGCCGUUCUCAUAUUUGAUGCUCUGACGGAAGCCGGCACGCCAAUGACCUUGAAGCAGAUCUACCGUGCGCUGAAACUGAAGUAUCCGUACUUCCGCUUCAAGUGUGAGACUGAGGGUUGGACAUCCAGUGUACGGCACAAUCUGAACGGCAACGGUCAUUUGUUCAUGCACGCAGAGCGCGAUGGCAAGGGUUGGUCAUGGCAGCUUAUUCCAGGCGCGUCGGUUGAGAAGGAAAAGAAACGACGCCCUUCGCCGCCGCCUCAGGUGUCCCAUCCUCCUGCGCCUACUCCGCAGCAGUACAUGCCUCAGGCGUCCUACUCUUAUGCACCACAGGGCCCACCACCGGUGCCAAAUCCGCCACAGCAUUUCCAAUUCCCUUCCAUACCGCCUGCUCCUUUCCCGGCAUCUGUGAAUCAUCAUCCGCCUCCAGGCCUCCCGGCCCAUCCUCACCAUCAACAGCAACACCCUGCUCAGCAAACACCAGGGCCACCAGAGUCAUCCUCAUUCAUUGACCGAGCGAAUAAGGCAAUCGAUGACUUUGAAGCUGUUCUCAUGGAAGACUACGAGGACAAAAACUACAUCCGGGAAGUUCUCCGGAGUGCGCGCGCACGCGUGUUGGGCGAUGCGCCAGAGAGCUCAUUCCCAGGCGGCGAGCCAAAAGACGAAGCUGUUAUCAUGGACGUGCUGCGCAAUUUGGUCGGAAGCCUGAAAGACGAGUGA